CACCAGUCAUCAAGAUCGACGCCUUCCGUAGAUCUCUCUCCUUCCGGUCCCUCUCCCUACCUUCCUCUCCGAUACCAGCUGCUCGAGGAAUUGCCGAUUGUCAAAUUCAAAACGAAGGCGAGCGGCGGAAGUCAAAGGGGAGGAAGGAGGAUCGAGAGGAGGAGGGGAGAUGUGGGUUUUUUAUUUGAUAUCGCUGCUGCUAACCCUGGGAAUGAUAGCGGUGACGCUGCGUUAUUUCGCGGGACCGGACGUUCCACGAUAUGUGUUCUUCACCGUUGGCUACACCUGGUUCUGCUCCCUCUCCUUCAUCAUCUUAGUUCCUGCCGACAUUUGGACUACAUUGAUUGGGCAUGAUAACGGAGGUAUUGCUUUCUUCUGGAGCUGGUCAUAUUGGAGUACCUUUGCUCUGACGUGGAUUGUGGUUCCUACUAUUCAGGGUUAUGAAGACGCUGGAGAUUUUACAGUGAAGGAAAGAUUAAAAACUAGUAUUCAUGAAAAUCUAGUCUUUUAUUUGAUUCUGGGAGUGAUCGGACUUCUUGGACUCCUGCUACUUCUCAUCAUGCACCGAAGUUGGAAUAGAAGUAUUAUGGGCUUAGCCAUGGCUUGUUCAAAUACAUUUGGACUUGUGACCGGUGCAUUUCUUCUUGGUUUUGGAUUGAGUGAGAUCCCAAAGAGUAUAUGGAAGAAUGCUGAUUGGAACAAUCGUCAAAAAAUCCUUUCCUACAAGGUUGCAAAAAUGGCUGUGAAAUUAGAUGAUGCUCAUCAAGAAUUUUCAAACGCAAUCGUGAUUGCUCAGGCCACAUCCAAGCAGAUGUCUAAGAGGGAUCCUUUGAGGCCAUACAUGGAUGUUGUUGACAACAUGCUUGUCCAAAUGCUAAAGGAAGAUCCAUCUUUCAAGCCGGCUGGGGGACGCUUGGGUGAAAAUGAUAUGGAUUAUGAUACAAAUGAAAAAACAAUGGCUACACUAAGACGCCAGCUGAAGAAAGCUCAUGAGGAGUAUUAUCGAUGUAAGAGUGAAUAUAUGGCAUAUGUAAUGGAGGCUCUAGAGUUGGAGGACACAAUAAAAAAUUACCAACACUGUGAUUCAACUAGAUGGAAAUAUAUUUCUAGUUUCAGAGGAAGUCGGACUGGAGCGUUGGGAUCAUUUGUGGAUACAUUGGAGUUUUUGUGGCGCUGCUUUCUCAAAAAUAGGGUUAAGAAAUGUGCAGCAGUGUUACUUGGCUGUAUGACUGUUGCGAUCCUAUUGGCCGAGGCUACUAUUCUGCCUAGUGGGGUUGAUUUGUCACUCUUUUCCAUACUUAUAAACACGGUUGGGAAGCAGGAGAUGCUCGUUCAGAUUGCUGCAUUUGUUCCUCUUAUGUAUAUGUGUAUUUGCACAUAUUAUUCGUUGUUCAAGAUUGGAAUGCUCAUGUUCUACUCAUUAACUCCGAGACAAACAAGCUCAGUUAGUUUGCUCAUGAUAUGCUCAAUGGUUGCAAGAUACGCACCUCCGAUUUCUUACAAUUUCCUGAAUCUUAUUCGUCUUGAUAGAGAUAACAAAACUGUUUUUGAGAAGAGGAUGGGAAACAUUGACGAUGCUGUUCCUUUCUUUGGUCAAGGCUUUAAUAGAAUAUACCCUCUCAUUAUGGUUAUUUACACGGUGCUGGUUGCAGUUAACUUUUUUGGUCGAGUGAUUGAUUAUUUUGGAAGCUGGAAAAGGUUCAGAUUCCGAAAUGAAGAGGAGGAUAUGAAUGGCUUUGAUCAAUCAGGGAUAAUUAUCCUGCAAAAAGAGCGUUCUUGGCUUGAAAAAGGUUAUAACGUUGGCGAGCAAGUCAUCCCAUUAGCAAGAAAUUUUGGCAACUUCAGUGUGGAUCUUGAAUCUGGCAACGUGUCGCUGGACAAGGAUGCCACUGAAGUAGACCCUUUCAAGGAAGAAGGCAGAAAAACCCUAAAAUCUCAGAGAAAAGAUAACCAAAUACAUGGCACAAUCAGAGAGGCCUUAGCAGAUAAGUCUGCAACAAGGCAGUCAGAGACAUCAAAAAAGGCCUUGUCAUUGAGCUCAGUAUCUUCGCUCGAUCCACUUUACUCCCAUAACCAACCAGAUAUAAAUCCAAUCGCAUCAGGCUCAGGUCUAUCCACAAAGUGGGCUUCCAUUAAAUCUGGAUUUCAAAAAUUCAAGACCAAUAUUGGUGCAAAAAAGUUCCUUCCCCUGCGAGAAAUUCAGGAAACCUCACCAGGCGCUCAUAGUAUCUCCUCCUCCGAGUCCCUCGACAAAAUAUUUCAGAGGCUCAAACAGCGCCCAAGCGAAUAUCAGAAUAACGAAUAUGACUCCGAUGAUGGUGAUGCUUAGGACAUCUAUGAUCUGGUGUGCCACCUCAACAGGAAAUGGCACGGGAUGCUUUGUAAGUUCCUCUAAACAUAUUAAUUUUUUAGAAAUAGGCAAAGCAAAUGAAAUCAAGUAUAGUGAAAUGGUUACAUUCAACAUAUACAACACAAAAGUUUACAGCAAUUCAUAGGUAGCAUUAAGUAUCAAAGUUCAGUACAAUUUGUAGCAAAACAUACCUCAACUCCAUUUUGACCGUCAGCUGUUUGAACAAAAAACAAUGGUGGUUCAAAUGAUUGUAAAUGCAACUCCUUGUUUCUAAAUUUUUUAUAUUUUCGCUCCCUGCUGUGCUCUCUCUCUCUCUCUCUCUCUCUACAUCUAAAUUCUUCUCUCUCCAUUGCUGCUAAUGCUUACGUUGUCUGGGAAAGAAAAUGAUAGACGUUGUUCAGAACAUAAUUGCUGGACCCCAUUAGAUUUCUGAAUUUCAAAGUCAGUCCCGUGGCCAACCUUCUUCCUCAUUUGACAAUUCCUGCAGCGAUCGAUCUGUCCGCCUUUGAAUUCAACAUACAUUAAUUUAAUAUCGUAAUCAAUUGCGUUUGCCUAUCAAUUCCACCAACAUAGGGGGGACAGAUAUUGGCUGCUUGACAAGAACAAGUACUACAAUGUUCCCCCACCAUUAUUAAAUCUUCAUUCCAGAAUUUCUUCAGCACUCAAAGAACAAGGUAAUGAAAAUCACACAUAAUCACAUUCUAACAAAGAUUAAAUUCAUAUAAACGAAAUUGCAACAAAAAAAAGGGUUCAAAAGAAAAAUAUGUACAGAUAUCAUCGUUUUAUUCCUC